ACCGCUUGGCCUCGCAGUUCGGAUACUGCGCUUGGCCACUGCAGGCAAGUCUGGAAAUAUCUUUGCGGCGGCCGCUCGCAUUCUGUCAGCGUCGAAAGUAACUCGCAGCUACCUUUGUAGUUUCCCGCGCUUCUAGACAGGAAAGAGCGUCUCCCGGUGAAGUUUCUCGUGAAAUAUUGGUCCCAAAGAUAGGCUGUGCUGUUUCUUAGAAGCAUCCGCGAAUGGCCGAGGAGAACACAACCGGCUUCGGCUCUUCGGCGCCCGAAACCACCGGAACCGAGAAUACAAGCCUUGCUAGUGCUGACGUACUUCCAGUCAUCGCCGAAGAAACUGUAAGGAACCCAGAAGGCACCUGGGAACUGCCGCCGGGGCAACAUGGGAACCAGGCUGCUAACACAACCCUCGUAUGCUUUCAGUGCCGCAUUGCUUUCGAUUGCGAGGAAGAUUUUCACGAUCACAUGAUCAACCACGUGACUGGCAGGAUCCCUGAAGGUGCCAGGGAGCUGCCGCUGGGCCAACAAGAGAACCAGGCUGCUGACACCAACCUCGUGUGCUUUAAGUGCGGGAUUGCUUUCACUUUCUCGGAAGCCUUCCAAGAUCACAUGACCAACCACACAACCAACCACAUGGUCGGGAUGCCAGCCGGUACACAGAAAGCCGAAGCGCAGUACGAGGGGGACUACACCGGCAGCUCGUCAAACGCAUGUCGUGCGUUUGGGAAGGUUUUCACCAGGAUGUCGAGCGUGCAGCCACACUUGCUCACGCACACGGGUGAGAGACCGCAUCCGUGCCCGACUUGCCCCAUGAAAUUCAAGCAGAAGCAUCACCUGGAGGAUCAUUUGCGAACCCAUACGGGCGAGAAACCGUUCAAGUGUCAUUUGUGUUCCAGUGUCUUCGCUCACAAGUCCACGCUGGACGCGCACGUGAUGGCGCACACCGGCGAAAGGCCGUACGAGUGUCCUCUCUGCGCUCGCCGAUUUAGUCGAAAAUCUCACCUCAAUCGGCAUAUGGGAUCGCAGGGCUGCAAACAGUGACGUCAUCGCUUUGGGUCGGCAAGGAAUCGAGCUCGAAAACGCAACCUCUGUGAAACGAACGCUUCUGUGUACUGUUUACUGCGCUCGGAUGUGCAGUGUGUGAAGUGCAGUUUUCAGUGUUGGUAGUGAUCUCGAAGCACACGGUACGCAGCUUAGCCGAUGUGUUCAGUGAGACAUCGUGUGCGAGUACUGCAACCAGUUCGCUCAUCGAGGAAUCCUUCUGCCUUAUAUUGGCGGGAACACACUGCAGAGAAGCCGCAAGCCUGCCCUAUGUGGUAGCAGCUCUUUCUAAUAAUGUAGCGAAGAUAAACACCUCUGACAUGGGUAGACAGGCGUGAAAGUGUGGAAAUACGAGCGCCCAAUAUUUCUUUAUUUUUGGUAUUCUAUUAUGUAUGCCUAUUCACCUGAGGCACGAGACUAGAUAUCUGUACGAUUUUUAAUAAAGACGUAAAGUGCGUUUCA